AUGGAGUUUUUGGACCAGUUUAAAAUUCACAAUGCUUGCACCAAGCCAACAAGGGUGCCACGGUUUAUUAGGUGGAUUAAACCUCCUCCUUCUUCGUUGUUAUUGAGUUGUGAUGGAGCGAAUGGACAAGCUGGUUGUAAUAGAAGGGUUGGUGGUGUCAUAAGAGACUCUACAAGUAACUUUAUUUGGGGGUUUGCAGAUCAAGGCCCAACAGGUUUGGAUGUUUUGGCUACUGAAUGUGCUGCUAUACACAUGGGAUUGUUGAAGGCUACUGAGUUGGAAAUCUCUGAUUUUUUGGUAGCAUCAGACUCGCAAGAAGUUCUGGCUUUAUUGAAGGGAGAUGGUGAGCUAUGGAGUAAUCUGGGUAAUAUUGUGGAUGACAUUAGAAGGUUGCUAGUACAAUUGUGUGUUAGUGAUGUUCUUUUUCAGCCGCGUUUGGGGAAUCGGGUCGCUCACUCUUUGGCGCAAUUUGGGUUGCUUGAACAGCAUCCUUCUUUCUGGACUGGUCUUGCUCCUGACUAG